AGGAGCGAGGUCGCGAGGGAGCGCGUUACCCGGCAUGCAGCGGGAGGCGCGUUCGCACCAAGAUGGCGGCGCCUCUGGAGGAGUACGAGAAAGAAGCGGGCUGCGUCCCUAUCCUGCACCCUGAGGAAAUCAAGCCCCAAGCACAUUAUACCCAUGGAUACAGUGAAUCUCUUGGGCGCAAAAGUCACAUUGAUGAUUAUAGCACAUGGGAUAUCGUCAAAGCUACACAGUAUGGAAUUUAUGAACGUUGUCGAGAGUUGGUGGAAGCGGGCUACGAUGUACGGCAACCAGAUAAAGAAAAUGUUACACUUCUUCACUGGGCUGCAAUCAACAAUAGAUUAGAUUUAGUGAAGUUCUACAUAUCAAAAGGUGCUAUUGUUGACCAGCUAGGAGGGGACCUGAACUCCACACCACUUCACUGGGCAACAAGACAGGGUCAUUUAUCAAUGGUUGUACAGCUAAUGAAAUAUGGUGCAGAUCCAUCAUUAAUUGAUGGGGAAGGAUGUAGUUGUAUUCACUUGGCAGCUCAGUUUGGACAUACCUCGAUAGUUGCUUAUUUAAUAGCCAAGGGGCAGGAUGUAGAUAUGAUGGAUCAAAAUGGAAUGACUCCUUUGAUGUGGGCAGCUUAUAGAACACACAGUGUGGACCCCACUCGGUUGCUACUUACUUUUAACGUUUCAGUGAAUCUGGGAGACAAAUAUCAUAAGAACACAGCACUACAUUGGGCAGUGCUAGCAGGAAAUACCACAGUGAUUAGUCUUCUUCUAGAAGCUGGAGCAAAUGUCGAUGCCCAAAAUAUCAAGGGUGAAUCACCACUUGAUUUAGCAAAGCAAAGAAAAAAUGUUUGGAUGAUAAACAAUCUACAGGAGGCAAGGCAGGCAAAGGGAUAUGACAAUCCAUCAUUUCUCAGAAAGCUGAGGGCUGAUAAGGAAUUUCGUCAGAAAGUGAUGCUGGGAACACCUUUCCUAGUUAUUUGGCUAGUUGGGUUUAUAGCCGACCUUGAUAUUGAUUCUUGGCUCAUUAAAGGACUAAUGUAUGGUGGUGUUUGGGCUAUGGUUCAAUUUCUUUCCAAAUCAUUCUUUGAUCACUCAAUGCAUAGUGCACUGCCCCUUGGAAUCUACCUAGCAACAAAAUUCUGGAUGUAUGUGACAUGGUUUUUCUGGUUUUGGAAUGAUCUAAAUUUUGUGUUCAUCCACCUUCCAUUUCUUGCUAAUAGUGUUGCACUUUUCUACAAUUUUGGAAAAUCUUGGAAAUCAGACCCAGGAAUAAUUAAAGCCACAGAAGAACAAAAGAAAAAGACAAUAGUGGAACUUGCAGAGACAGGAAGUCUGGACCUCAGUAUAUUCUGCAGUACCUGUUUGGUAAUACGGAAACCGGUGAGGUCCAAACACUGUGGUGUGUGCAAUCGAUGUAUAGCCAAGUUUGAUCAUCACUGCCCCUGGGUUGGUAACUGCGUAGGAGCUGGCAACCAUCGUUAUUUCAUGGGCUAUCUAUUCUUUUUACUAUUCAUGAUUUGCUGGAUGAUUUAUGGAUGUAUCUCUUACUGGGGAAUCCACUGUCACACUACUUACACAGCAGAUGGAUUUUGGACAUAUAUUACACAAAUAGCCACCUGUUCACCUUGGAUGUUCUGGAUGUUUUUGAAUAGCGUGUUUCACUUCAUGUGGGUGGCUGUGCUGCUAAUGUGUCAGAUGUAUCAGAUCUCUUGUUUAGGUAUUACUACAAAUGAAAGGAUGAAUGCAAGACGAUAUAAGCACUUUAAAGUUACAACAACAUCUAUCGAAAGCCCAUUUAACCAUGGAUGCAUAAGAAACAUUAUAGACUUCUUUGAAUUCAGAUGCUGCGGUCUUUUUCGUCCUGUUAUUGUGGACUGGACAAGGCAGUAUACAAUAGAAUAUGACCAAACAACUGGAAGUGGCUACCAGCUAGUGUAACACCCACCUCCAAACCUGUGAGCAUAUCGUAUCUGAGUGGUGCCUGAAAAUUUGUUUCUCUCAAAUCCACAUCCCUUGAACAGUAGCAUGCUAUGAAUAGAGCUAACAGUGAAUCUAAUGGUACCUUCUCUACAUCAGUUUUAUUAACAGAUGUAAUCAAAGGACAGAAUAAACUGCCAAUCCUGACAAUGAGGAGGAAGAUGAGAAAGGGAUUUUAACUGUCCUUACCGUGGGAAUGAUUCACAAAGACAUAUUCACGCCAUUUUCUUUCCUUUUAACUGCUUUCACAAUGGAGCAUGAGAUUGUUAAAAUACAAACAUACUAAAGUCAUGCUGUGCUGAACAUUAAAUAUUUAUUUCAUAAUUUGAACAAUUUCAUUGGAAUUAAAGUCAAAUUUUACAAAGCAGCCAGACUUUGAGAUCAAUGUAUUAUAUUUCCUGUAAUGGAAUUUUUGUACAGAUUUGCUAUAGUAUUAUGUGCAUUGAAAAUGUGCAUUCAGUACUCCGAAGAAUCAUGUGGUCUUAUUGGGAAUCCACCAUAAAGCGUGAAGUUGUUGGCAGCAGGACGCAGAAGGAUGUUAGUCACAAAACUGUUACAUAAAUGUAAUAGCUGUUGGCUGUUAAAGCUGUCUUGUUUCCGAUAUAUUGAAUUACUCGUAAUAAGCCUUGUGUGAAGAUGUAUAUUUGGGGAGGGUGGGUGAAGUUGCACAAAAUUACAUCUCUCUCGUCCAGUAUAAAGCCCUACUUAGGUGCAUGAUACGACUUUUGAAAAUUAGACCACAAAACAAAAUAUAGCAUAAUAAUCUGCAAAAACUAAAAACGUAUAAUAUAUGCAGUCAGUGAAAUGCUGGUACCUAAGUAGUAGGUACAGUUCUGCAUGAUGUAGUCUACAGUCAUUGGAGGAUGUUCGAAGUUAUGUAGGUGGAACCAAAGAGUGAAAGGGCCAACUCUCAGUAAUAGGGGAGCAGGGAAGGAUAUGACUGCAGUUAAAUUGAAUGUGGCUGCUGGAGAAGUAAAAACUGAUUAACAAAUAACUCUUUUACUUUACAUAAAAUGAUGGAAUUCAAGCUAAAGAAAGUUAUAAUUCCUUUGUAGCAGAUUUAAGUGGAAAAAACAUUACAUGGCUUCUUGAAGAAUAUGGUAAUAGCAAGUGGGAAAACACCCUUAACUUUUGUUUGUCUCAAAGUUACCAGAACCAGAUAUAUUUGGAAGGUAAGGAGUGGUAUGAAGUUGCAUUCCAGAAGAGUUUUAUGUUGUUGAAUGUGAUGCACUGAUUUUAUGUUACAGCAUUUUUAUAUAUUCCUUGUGAAUUAUUCACUGCUUCCUUAACUAUUGUUUACAGAGAGACUUGAAAAAUCGGUUAAGUUCUCUUUUUAAGUGCUGUAGCAACAUAGUGGUUCGAGAAUCCUGUGAGGGGGAUUUGGGGAGGGGACCUUAAUACAGAUGAUUGAGACCAGUGUAAAGAAUGUUUAUCUGUAUAUACAUAAUUUAUCAAAUAGUUUUCUCUUUGUGAGUGUGUGUGCGUGUGUGUGUGUUAGUAUAUUUAAAAGCUGCUCAUUUCAUUUUAUCCAACCAAAAAUGUAGGAAGAUAUCUAAUGGGCUUGUUAGUAAUGAUCAAUAUUGCUGUUAAUAGGCACUGUACCCUGCAACUUCACUGCAUGUUUGAUGCUUGGCAAAACUAGCAUUUCCUGUAAUAUGCAGAUUACAGGUAUUAAAGCAAUCUAGUGGUAUUCCCGCCCCUUGCCUUAGUAAGAGGAGCAGUGAAACUGUAAAUAGUUGGUGUUCAGUAUUUUCAAGUAGGCAUUUUCCCUCUAGCCGUUUCUUUGAUCACCAGGUGUGCAUAGUUUGCAAGUACCAGAUAUCAAGAUUUACAGAAGUGCAACAUUAGUGUACUUGAAUGUUUAAUACUGGAAAAAUUCAGCCUUGUCUUUGACACACUAUUUUUGAGGGAAAGAGAAUGAAGUUGGGUGCAGGGAUGGCAAAAGAGGCCUGUGCCAUUUUGUCAGAUACAACUUAGAACUAUAAUAAGAAUAUAUUAUUCUUACAACACUACUUGUAAACUUUAGUUUCAAGCUGAAGAUGUUUGAGCAGAGCCAUCUAUUUCUUAUUUUACAUUACAUGGAGUUGACUCCCUUUUGGAGAAAGUGUAGCUCUGCAGAAUCUCAUUUGAUGUUGAAAGCCCUCCGUAAUCUAUUUGCUAAAUAUAUUUCAUAGCUCCAGAAAAAUCUGUGUAACAUACAUCUCUAUUUCUUUUGCAAGUUACAGUAAUGUGCACCAUAUGGAUUCCUUGUACAAAUAAUUGUGUCCUUGAUAGUGAAAAUAAAUCUUACUUCAGUUGAGCCAAAAUACUUGGGUGUAAAUUUUGCUUAACUCUAUGCUGCAAAAAGAAAAUAUAAUGGAGUUAGAAUUGCCCAGAAGAAGGUUCUACAUCUGAGGCAGCUAGAAUAAUUCUAGUAGUCUGAAAUAUUGAACGGUUUUUUUCUGAAAUCUGGCAGAUUUUUUUUGGGGGGGGACAGUAUCUAUGCAGCAUUUUUUUCUACCAAGAACUCUGUUAUUUAUUGCAGCAGACCACACCAUUCUAGAGGGCUGCAUGAAAGCGAUCCAAAUAUACUGGAUAGAUAUUCAUUGAUCUAUUCAGAACAAGCAAAUGAAAAAUUUGUUUCUGCCCUAGAUAAGCUAUUUUCUUUUUGCAGGUUUUAAGUUUCUCAAUGCUCUCCUAAGUUGUUUUAACAGGUAAUAUGCAUAAGAGCAUCAUUGUUUAAAACUGAAUAUUUUUUUAAUUUACCUUAUUUAUAACUGUGCCAAGCAUUAUUUUACUACUGUCAAAAUGUUGAUGUAUUACAUGGUGAACAAAAUCUGUAAAAUGUUUAAUAAAAAUAGCACUCCUUACAUAAA